CUUUAAUAAUAUUCUUGAACUUUUGGCCAUGGAAUUUCAUUUGGACAAAACGAUAGUGUUUCCAAUUUUUGUUAUAGUGUUUCUUGGAGUGGUAGUGCGUCUUUACAAUGCGUUGGUUGUGAAACCAAAGAGGCUUCGUUCCAUGUUGAAGAAGCAAGGCAUCGAUGGACCUCCACCUACUUUACUCCUUGGAAAUAUAAUAGAGAUAGGGAAGAGUCUGUCCUCCAUAGUGAAGGCCAAGGAUCCACCUCUUACUCAUAACUGUGCUGAUCUUACUUUUCCCAUUUUUGAGAAAUGGUUGAAGGAAUAUGGUAAAGUGUUUGUAUAUUCCCUGGGGAACGUACAAAUAGUAAAUUUGCAUCAACCUGAGUUGGUGAAAGAGUUCACAACGUGCGUAUCCUUGGACUUGGGGAAAACUUCGGUUCAACUUAAUGAUCUUGGCCCUUUGCUUGGUCAGGGUAUUGUAACAUCAGAAGGAACUUUCUGGUCACAUCAGAGGAAGAUUAUUGCUCCAGAAUUGUACAUGGAAAAGAUCAAGGGAAUGGUGAACCUGAUAACUGAGUCUGCCAUUACACUGGUAAAUUCAUGGAAGAGUAUGAUUGAGAGAGAUGGUGGAAUAAUGGCAGAUAUCAAAGUUGAUGAAGGCCUCAGAAGUUUCUCUGCAGAUGUUAUCUCAAGAGCCUGUUUUGGAAGCAAUUAUUCCAAAGGAGAAAAAAUUUUCCAGAAUCUAAGAGAUCUCCUGAAGGCUUCGUCCAAGAAAGAUCUAGUCGUUGGGAUUCCUGGAAUGAGAUAUCUCCCUACAAAAAGCAAUAGAGAAGCAUGGGCAUUAGAGAAAGAAAUCCGCAAUUUGAUACUGAAAGUAGUGAAGGAGAGACAAGAAGCAGCAAAAGAGAAGGAUUUAUUGCAGAUGAUCCUUGAAGGAGCCAAAAAUAGUACUUUGAGUAGAGAAGAAACAGACAGAUUCAUAGUUGAUAAUUGCAAGAACAUAUACAUGGCUGGGUGGGAGACCACUGCAGUUUCAGCUUCAUGGUGCCUCAUGUUGUUGGGAGUAAAUCAAGAAUGGCAGGAUCGUGUCCGUGCAGAGGUUCUUGAAAUUUGUGGAGGAAGACUGCCAGAUUACGAUAUGAUUCGCAAGAUGAAACUGCUUCACAUGGUGAUUCAUGAAACGCUGCGACUUUAUACACCAGUUCCAUUAAUAGCAAGGGAGGCCUUAAAGGACAUGAAAUUGGGAAACAUUAAUGUUCCCAAGGGAGUGAACAUUUGGACUAUGGUAUCGCUAUUGCAUACAGAUCCUGAGAUAUGGGGAUCAGAUUCUUAUAAGUUCAACCCUGAGAGGUUUGCAAAUGGAAUAGCAGGCGCUUGCAAGUAUCCAUUCUCUUACAUGCCAUUUGGUGCCGGACCUCGGGUAUGUCUUGGACAGCACUUGGCCACUAUUGAACUCAAGAUAUUAUUAGCUCUCAUUUUGUCCAACUUCUCUUUCACCAUCUCUCCUAGAUAUGUCCAUUCCCCUAUUUUUAACUUAGUUGUAAAACCAGAACAUGGAGUCAAUCUCUUGGUAAAGAAAUUGUAGACAAACCUGAUGAGAUGGGUUCGUUUUAAGAUAAAGAUCAUCAUGUUAGGUAAGCACAUGAGAUUUUUCAUUUUUCUAAUAAAUGGGGAGAUAGGAUCUCCCUAUUAAUAA